AUUCAUACCUCAAUACUCAGCUCUGUUUUAUUGUCAGUCUUAUAAAAAAUUAAUUUAACAUAUUAUCUUUAAAGACAAUUGAAUUACUGUGGCCACGCUUUUUAUGCUUUCUUUCCUGAUGAGUCUUAAAACGUGAAAAUAAUUUUUGUUCUUCCCGUGAUAGCUUUGACUCCACGGGUUCGGGAGGGAUCAGGUCAGGCCUGGAAGAACCAGCUCCCCUUCUCUCCACGUUUCCAAGUAGCAGCCAGCCCAGGGCUUCCUCCCCCACGUCACUUCCAUUGGUGACCGGGCACGCCUAUCAGAGUCCAGCCGGUGCCGAAGCGUUCCCUAACCGUGCGUUCCGUAGGAAGUGUAAUUCCUGGGCGGUCCUCCAUUGGACCGAGCCGCUGUCAGUCGGGCUGCCUCACGUUGAGCCCCGUCCUCCUCCCCGGCUCCGUGUCUGCACAGACAGCCGUCAUAUUGGCUGCUCCAGGCACAGAAGAGGAGCCCCACCAUGAUGAGAAACGGGCUUUCGCGGCGUUUGAAGAACUGUUUAGCUUUUAAAUCACUCUGACCACCAGUGUUUUUAGGGAUAUAUUUUAAAAUAAUCGGGAUGAUACCAUUAAGUAUCUGUGUUCGUUCUGCGCUUUCGUUUGACGCCGAGGUCCUCUGGGGGGGAGACAUGCCCGACUUUUCUUCAUAGCCUUUUUUUGCAGACAAAGAGCCGUUGAGUAGGGCUACCAGAAAGCACACGGGUCCAAGGGGCUCCUUUUCCUGGAGACGGUGGGCAACAUGUGGAGCAGCCUGAAGAGCAGAUGCCAGACUCUCUUCCACAGUACAGGAUCCACUGAAAGCAGAGUUGAGGUAGAAACUGUCCAGUGUGUGGUGGAUCUUGGCGAAGGAGGCAGCUUGGUUGAGGCUCAGGGCCCUGCCGCCUCCAGCCCGUCAUGGAGCCUCAUGCCAGUGCCAGUGGUCGCCACAGGACGCCGCCAUCAUAACUGCGUGUCAGACAUCCCGCAGAUUGUAGAGAUCUCUGUCGACAAGGACUCUGAGGAUGCCAGAGGACUCUCAGGCGGUGUUCCCAUGGCACGGAGAGACUCGUAUUCCCGACACGCUCCGUGGGGGGGCAAGAAAAAGCACUCAUGUUCCACUAAAACCCAGAGCUCUUUGGAGGCAGACAGGCGGUCUGGCCGGUUGAGAGGCUGUGGGAACCGCAGGGAUAGGCGUUAUGGAAUUAGCUCCAUUCAGGAGAUCAAUGACUCUGGAUCUGGAGGACGAAGUCUGAAUACUCGUUCUUUGCGCCAGCGGCUGAGUGAUACAGUUGGGCUUUGCUUACCUCUACCUGCUCGCCGACGCUCGCACUCUAAGAGCCCUGUUAACUCCAAACGGAAAAUUCACCUCACAGAGCUCAUGCUGGAGACCUGCCCAUUCCCACCGGGCUCCGACCUCGCUCACAAGUGGCACCUGAUCAAGCAGCACACGGCACCGGUCAGUCCGCAUUCCUCUACUGCCCUGCUGGAUGCCUUCGACCCGGCCCACCCCUCACCAGAAGACGAGGAGGAACGUUUGCGUGAGCGCCGCAGGCUUAGCAUCGAGGAAGGCGUUGACCCACCUCCUAAUGCACAGAUCCACACCCUGGAGGCCUCAGUGCCGGGUCCCUCUCUCUUCAAACUAGGACCAAAGAUGACUCCUGGCAUGGGAGAGGUCUCUGGGGAAGCACGUGCCAGUGGUUCUUCCAGUUCUGUGGGUGUGGGAUCAUCAGGGCCAUGUGGGCAGAUGAUUGGGCCUGCAGCAUCAACCCAGGACUGUGAUUCUGAGGAGGAUUCAACCACCUUAUGUCUCCAAGCUAGAAGGCCUAAGCAGAGGCACGCCUCUGGAGAUGGUCACCAGAGCCGGCAGCAGCCUGGACCCUGGAAGGUUCACACCCAGAUUGACUAUAUCCACUGUCUGGUGCCAGACCUGUUGCAGAUUACAGCUCUGCCCUGUUACUGGGGCGUGAUGGACCGAUAUGAGGCCGAGGCGCUGCUAGAUGGACGACCAGAGGGGACCUUCCUGUUGCGUGACUCAGCCCAGGAGGACUACCUUUUCUCCGUCAGCUUCCGACGUUACAAUAGAUCUCUGCACGCACGCAUCGAGCAGUGGAACCACAACUUCAGCUUCGACGCUCAUGACCCGUGCGUUUUCCAUUCUUCCACCGUCACAGGACUGCUCGAGCACUACAAGGACCCCAGCGCGUGCAUGUUUUUUGAGCCACUGCUUACAGUGCCUCUCAACCGGACCUUCCCUUUCACCCUGCAGCACCUGGCUCGAGCCGCCAUCUGUCGCUGGACCACAUACGAUGGUAUAGGCUCUCUGCCGCUGCCCCCCGCCAUGCAGGACUUUCUCAAGGAAUAUCACUAUAAACAGAAAGUACGAGUUCGUUGGCUAGAGAGGGAGCCACCACUCAAGGUUAAAUAAGACUGGCUUCUCCGCUGCCUGCACACUUUCUGCAGGAGGAUUACAGAACUUACAGAAAUUCCUCAGUAGCCCGUUAGAGGCCACACUGAUGUGGCUUUCUUUCUAUUGGAGAAUAGAAUUAAGUAUAACAAGCUAAUACAAAGUUCAUUCUAAUCUUUGUUUUUGGUAUUACUUACACCACUGAGAAAACAUGAUUAUAUUGAGUGUAAUGCUGUCUGUCAAGCACGUUUUUAAGAUGAACAGGUUGUUUUGACAUGGAGGAAAAGGCCCAUUGUGUCUUUUCUCUGCUAUUUUUGUGCUAAACGUCUGUGCUGAACCCACACCACCUCGUAGACCUACCUGCAUGGCCACCCUCUCUUCAUACCAGAUUACUGUUUCAAGCUGUACAGUUCACUUCCUGCGUUCCUGCUUUUCGCCAUUUACCUUCAGAAACACUUUGUAGAGCACCUGACUGGGGCUGGGUGUGUGUGAGCCGAGAGGGCAUCUGCAGGUGCUACUUUUUAUGUUGCAGUCGGAGCUGACGACGUGAGUGGAGCUGCAGAAGAUGCAUUCAUUGUCAUCUGGUUGCAUGCAUAGGUUCAGCCUAAUCACUUUAAAAAGUAUGCAUAAGGAUCCAGCUAAGUUGACAAAUUUAUUCCUGAUGUGUGGCAAUGCUUUGCAUCAUUUCUUUGCAUAAUUACAGUCAUAUCUUCACUAUUCACUAACAUUUAUCUCUGUAUGCAUUUAAGUUUAAUUCAUUUCAUUUAUUUCCUGUAUAAAACAGGUCAUCAUUCAGGAACUCUGCUGUCUCCAGCUUCACAGUGUUAUAUUUGCUACCUUGAGCUCUUUUCUUGAGAUGUAGUGUAGCCUUCAUUGGGGUAGAUGUUCCCACUUUUUGACUUAACCCCACACCCAAAACUCUCAUCCUCGAGACCUCCACUCAUUGCCAAGUUAACGUAACACCAGUCAGCUGUAAUAUUAGAAACACCUGCAUCAGACCUACCUUCAUUCAAGGAAAAUCACGUCUUUGACCUCAAACGAGGGGGGGGUGGAGUAGUCCUGUGAUGUGUGGCACUGUGAGGUUAACAGAUGUAGCUUUGGGUUGUAAAGUGUGCAGACCAAUACACAACAUUGUAUUCUAUGAUCCAUUUCACGUGGUCCUGUGCAUUUCUGAGUGCAUUUAAUGUUGUGGCUUUUUGUCAUGUUACAACCACCAACCUCAGUGUUUUUUUUAUUUGGAAUUUAUGUGAUGGACAAACAUAAAAUGGCACACCAUUAUGAAUGGAAAAUGAUGCAUUGAGUUUACACAAAAAUCUGAAAAGUGUGGUGUGUGUUCAGCCCUCCUGAAUGAAUGCUUUAUAGAAGCAUCUUUUGCUGCAGUUACAGCUGACAGUCUGUUGUGGACUGAAAUAUUUCUGUUCUUCCUCACAAAGUAGCUCAAGCGCAGUCAAAUUGGAUGGAGAGCAUCUGUGAACAACAGCUUCUCACUUGGGUUUAGCGCUGGACUUUGACUGGGCCAUUCUAUCAUGGCAAUAAACCACUCCAUGGUAGCUCUGGCUGGAUGUUUAGGGUUGCUGUCCUGCUGAAAGGUGAGACUAUGCCACGGUCACAAGUCUUUUGCAGCCUCUCGCAUGUUUUCUACCAACACUUCCCAGUAUUGGGAUGCAUCCAUCUUCCCACUAAAGCAAAGCAGCUUCCCAAUCUCAGCUAAAGAACAUAAUCCCCACAGCGUGAUACUGCCACCAUUGUUUCAGAGUGAGGAUGGUGUUUUGCAUGUGGACCAAAAAAUUUGAACAUGGUCUCAUCUGACCAGAGAACCUUUUUAUGUGUUUUCUGUGUUCCCUACAUAGCUUGUGGAAAAUGGGAUUUCUUACUGCUUUCUCCCAGAGAGACUUAUUUCUCCCAGGCCCGGAAUUCUUGCAGCUUGUUCUCAACCCGUUAACGUGGCAGAACUUUUUUUUUUUUGCCGUGCUGUGUCCAAAAACUACUUCGUGAUUGGUCAGAAAUGUCAGUUGCAGGGAAUUUACAGGCCUUUAUGCUCUCCUUCCCCGACUUGUCAGGUUAGGUGGGCAGCUAUGUCUGAAUUUGACAUUGCUCGCUCGGCGAUCCUUUCGCUGAUCCGGGUUUGUAAGAUUGUCUGGUUUUCCUCCAUGUCCAGGUGAAAGAACUAAUUAUUUCAGCUCAGUUUUACACAGCCUGGCUGUUUUUGGAGGCAUUUUUUCCCUUUAGUGCUCAGGGUGCAGGAUGGAUGUAUAACCUCCAUCCUGCACUGUCCAGGUGUUAAACUGACCUGUUUCUGAGUUCCACCUUUGGUGUUCCUUAAAAUUAGGUUCUAACUUAGGAUAAUGGAGUCGUGCCGUUUCAGAAAUCGUCCAUGUCAGCAAUUCGAUACGUCGAAAACAUAUUCUUUGUCCCUCCAGCCCUGCUGUCUUGGAUCUGGUGAGGCUAUUUGUUCAGACCUCUGAGGCCUUCACAGAGUAGCUGGAUAUUAUAUAUUAUACUGAGAUUAAAUUACAAAAGUGGGCUCGGUUUGCCAACUGGACUGUCUUUACAGGAAGUUAGUUACUCUGGGCUUUAUUUAGAGAGAUUGGAAUAAAAGGGGGCUGAAUACAAGUGCACGGCACAUUUUUCUGAUUUUUAUUUGUAAAACAUUGCGUCUUUGGUCUGUUACAAAGAAAUCCAUUGAAGUUGCUGUGUAAUCUGACAGAAGGUUAAAAAAGUACUUGAGUAAAUCACUCUGUGACUGUGUUCACACCUAAAGAUAUAUUAGCAUAUCCUGAAACAUUUCAGGUGUGACUUGGACUCGAACUGCUGCUGGCUGCCCUGUCACUUCUGUAAAUAAGUGUUACCUUUGUGCCUUUCAAUAACCAUUGGUCUUGUUCCAUAGUCAGUUGCUUGACAGUCUAAACCUGGAGCAGGAGGUGCUUUAAAACAGUCCAUUCAGAUGAGACUGGAAGAAUAACCAUGGAGGUGCAGAAGCUGUGAGCUCAUUAACCUUGUUGCACAUUAAAGAUGGCAGUUUAGUAGUGCUGCGUCGAAUUAGGAGCCGAUCAAUAAAUUAGGUUAUACGUUAGUUACUGUUCUCAAUCACUAAUGCAUGCAUUAGUCUUUGUCAUAUAGUAUUGAGUUGUUAGUGGGUUAGUAGGUUGUUUUCUGCUUUAGGCACAGCUGGGGCAAGAUGCCUUUACAACUCGCUGUCCAACACAGGUUCUGGUCUGCAGCUGGAUUAACAAAUAGGAGAGUUAUUCCUUUACCGUAAGCACAUUUUAACUUAAUAAUCUAAUACCCCACAGAGACGUCUGUAUUAAAAACAUUACCGCAGCAGGAUAGUAUGUUGAAUUUACUGAGUUUUCCCACAAAAGAAGGCUUUUUAUGACAGGUGGAGGCAGGCAGUGUGGUUCCCUUCAACAUGAUUUGAGAAAAUGCAACAGUGAAAUGUCCUGGAAAGUGUAAAUAUACGAUCUUUCCAGGAUGAUCAUUGGAAAGUUUCAUCCGUCUUAAUUUAGUCAACAUCACACAUGCGUUAAAUAUUUUCCGUAUGUUUUUAAAAGAAAGUUUAUAGCCAAUGAAUGACAGACUCUGUGACCAACAUCCUGGUGUUAUCCAGGUUGUUUUAGUGUUUUUAAAGUCAACAAGGUCACAGUGGGUGUUUUUUUUUUUUUUUUUUUUGUGGGGGCGGGUUGAUCCUAAUCUAUCAUAUUGCAUCAGGGUCGAGUGACCCAAACGGAGCAACACCAACAUAAAUGAAAAUGAGCAAAUGAUGUACAAUUAAAUAAAGUUGUACAUGAAAUUUGUGAAAUAAUUUAGCUUUUAAAGAUAAUAAUAAUGCAAUACAAAACAGAAGUGGGUUAGGAUGAAAUGGUGACUCAUGGAUAUGAAUUAGGGAAGGGGUGAACAGAUCAUUACUACCUGUUAGCUUCUUCAGCUCCAUAGUGAACUGAUCAGUACUUUGAUUUCUUCAGACAUAAAAUCCUAAAUUUGGGGAUGUACAUUUCCUGGGUUACUCGAAGAGCCCCUCUGCUGUGUGACACAGAGGCUUUUAUUUAUUUACACCCAACUGCUCUCCGCCCUUCUGCAGAGGUGACUAUAGCGUCAGGGAAACGUUUCUCCUGCAGGUUUUGGUAGGGGUGCACCGAUUGCAUUAUUCUGGCCGAUCAUAGACACCGCUUUUAUUUUAUAUAACCGACACUGUCAGUUAUAAGGUCACAAUACAACUUUAUUGUUUCAAUUUUAUGUUGCCUACAGUGGGCUGACUAUUGUUAAUGUGUAGACGUGACCUGGUGAGCAGGUCUGUCAGGCCUCUCUCACUGUGGGGGACAGUGAGAGAUUUUCAGAUCUUUCAGGAGGUGGAAAAAAUCAGUAGAUAAAGAUCGGUUUUACAUGCAAGUAUCGGCCCAUCGCCGAUCACCCAAAGCUAAGGAAAUCGGGGCCGAUCGAUCGUUGCACCCCUAGUUUUUGGCAUCCUGCUGGUGCUUUGGCAUUCUCACAGAAAUGUAGGACCUUCCAAAAUUCAUUUCAUGUUUUUCCAAUAUUUGUUUUACCUAAAUUUGUUUGUUUGAAAAAAAAAAGCAGUUGCAUCCUAAAACUGAAAUUCAAACAAAAUUGAGGGAGUAUCGUACAGUGGAGGAGGCAAGAGAUUGCUCCGAGUAAACAGCACUUUAAUCGUGUAUUUGUGCUCUGCAGUGGUGUCUGAAAGUGUUAGGUCAGUGACAUAUGAUAUUUGUUUGCCCUUUACUCCAAAAUAUUGGACUUGAAAUAGAAAUCCUGACCUGAACAUAUCUGACCAGUGGUGAAAAUUCUCAUUUUACUGUCAUUUGUCAAGCUUUUAUACUCAAUCUACAGGUUUCCAAACUUUUCAUAAGUGUUAAAAACCUGACCAUAUUAUAUAAUUGCUGAUAACCAAUAUCCUGCAAAGAGCAAACAGAUGAAAAUGUCCCACUCUCCAAACACGUGUGCAAGGCUGAAGACGGUGAAACCUACAAGUGUUAGAAUAAAAACGGCGGUGGUUCAGAAGCAUUUCACAUGGAUGGAGUAGUGUUCUCAGUCUCAGUGCGUUGUGUGGGAGAAUGAUGGCGUAUGGACAGAACCAGCGAAGGGGUGCAGAGUCGAAUGUGAGGGGUGACCACCGUGACUCCUAUGAACAUUCUUUCUCUGCCCCCACAAUCCCUCUUUUUUCUCAGGCAGGCCCUUCUACGAGGAGAGUCCCAGGAGCCUCUCGUCCCAGUUUUCCCCAUGGGAAAUAUCCAGCAGUAGAACAUUUACUGUUUAGCCGGCAGAUUUAGGAGAAAGAUAAAACAAAGUAUAUCUUAAUGGAUUAACUGCCUGCUUGUCGUCUUACACUUGCACCACCCCGUGUUGUCACACAACGCCCGGUCAUAAAAACACACAUUAAACCAGCACUGCCUCUGUGCAGCAAACAAAAUAAGGUCUUUGUGUAUGUUGUUUGGUCUCACUGCAAGACUCAAUGAAUUGUAUCUGUUUUUACCACAUUUUCACUGCUGUGACAUUACUGAGUCACUAUUGGAGCUUGAAAUAUGAGUUCAAAAGCAACAGCAAUACCCCUGGAUGUAGUGCUCCUACAUCCGCCUCCAGCAGCCCGACCACAGAGCAUCUUUUGGUUUCACUUUGUUUAUCUUCCCACAGAGAUAUAAAUAUAUUGUAAAAAAAAAAGUAGAAUCAAAGCUUGGUUACGUGCUAUAUGCAAGCAGAAAACGAAGAUGUAUGAAAGAGUUAUUUUCAUUCUUACUUCUCCCUAAUAUGCAAUGGAGUGUAGUUCAACAAUGGUUGCAAUCCUGUCACUUUAAUGCUGUAUAUGCACAUUAGUUGCAGUGUUAAUGUGGGAAUUGACACUGAUGGGAGCUAAUUGUCACUCUUCAGCACCAUUGUGUUCCCAGAACGCCUUGUUCGUUUUGGCCCAUCACAGGAAAUAAAAUGGGGCCCUUUUAAAUCCGGGGCCAGCGCAGACUGAGGAAGCUGUCUCAGACGAAUAUCGCCGCUCUCCUUUCUUCUUCUGCUUUUUCCUCACUGUUUGUUUCCUUUGUUUUAAUCUUCUGCUGUCUGAUAGGAUGUGGAGCGUGUAAAUGGCAUUAUUAGUUUCACAUUUCAGUGUCCGUUCUGUGUAUCCGCUUAACCAUUCAAGACAAGUAAACCCGUUGUUUUUCAGUAUAACCUGUUCAUUUUUAAUGAGAGCCGUACGAAGCGACACUUGUAGCUGUCACUCUUGGUGCUUGGCUUAUGCUUCAUUGUCUUAAUAUUCCAAAUAAAACUGUUAAGUGUAAUCCACACUGGCCCAAGAGGUAAAAA